UUUAGUUACCGUCAAACUCUGAUCCCAGUCACACGUAUCGCUUUCGUCAUAUUUAUUUAUUAAUUAUUAUUUCUUCACUCUAUUGAGUUUAUUCAAAAUUAAGUUGAAUGCUAAGAAUUAAUAAUAAAGAAGCAUAAUGUUUAAGCUAAUUUAUUUAGUACUUUUACCAAUAGUAUUUGGUGUACCUAAUAAUCGAAUAAUAAGAGAAGUGGAUAGUGUUGAACAAGUUAAUUCUCCAUCGACAGAAAUGACACCUUCAACCACACAAUCAGCAAUACCAUGUCAUGACUUGUCGGAACAUCGUGGUGUUCCGCAAUUAGUUUUUCCCAUGUGUACGAGUACUAACGGUCUCGGGGGGUUACGCAAUGUCGUGAUUCAUGGUAUGGCUUGCACAUGUGACCUCAACACUCAUGAUGUACACAAGAGAGAUGAUUAUCAGUAUACACCAGGAAUUGGAGCACACAAACUUCAUACACGCGGAACAACGUUCAAUAACGCCAGGCGGAUAUGCAAUGAAGAAGGUGGGCAUCUUGCCAUUAUUGAUACUCUGUCUGAAGAACGAGUAUUGUUGGAGCUGUUCAAACACUCGGGCAGUCUUAAAAAUGUGACGAAUGAAGAUCAGGCUUUCAUUGGAAUUCACGACCUAUUUUCGGAAGGCGAGUGGGUGACUAUUUUAGGCGAGUCUCUUCAUAAAUAUGGUUACACAAAAUGGAGUGACCGAUGGGGUGGACAGCCGGAUAAUGGUGGUGGUGUACAAAAUUGUGGCAGUUUAUUGAAAGAAGGAGGAAUGGAUGACGUCAGUUGUAAUGCGCAGUUUGCUUUCUUUUGUGAAAUACCCGAAAUUCGAAUAGCCCAUUAAAACUUUUGUACUUUCUACACAAGCUUUUUCACAGUGUCUAUCUGUAUACACAACAAUACACUUUUGUACAAUUAUCAUUUGGUUUUGUUUACUUUAUGUAGCGUAACGACAAUCCUUUAUUUUUAUUUUAUUUUUCCCAAUCUAACUUUUUCUAUGCAACUUCUUCUUCCUCAUCUCCGGUAUAUUUUUUAUACAGUGAUUUAUAUAAUUCGCAAAAGAUUUUUUAUCGAAUAAUCAAAUAAACUUUUUUAAUAAAAAAAUGACAAGUCUUAUUAUUAUUAUAACUAUUUUUUUUUCCAACAAUAAUAGAAGACUCUUUGAAAAUUUUUAAAGCAAUGCCAAAAAAACUCAUUUAAAAGUUUAAAUUGAUAACAAACAUAUUUUAGCUAUAAGAAAAUAUAAAACUUUUUGAGUACAGUUAUUUUGUAAGAAAGCAAUCAUAAAAAAAAUCUACUGACAAUUUGGUAUUUAUAUAAAAAAAUAUAAAUAAGUAACGUUCGAUAAAAUUUUUAACUUUAAAAUGUUUCAUGUUUAUAUAAUGUGCACCUAAUACACAAUGCAUACUAGUAACUUGUAAAGUAAAUAAAUAUAUUUUAUUUAUAUUCAAGCGUCCGCGAUCCAUGCAAAUUUUGAUAACCAAGUCGAGCGAUUUCGUAGCAUCAGUAUUCAUCUGUAGGAUUUCCUCCAGCCCAACUACUGUCAAUACCAUCUGUAAUAUUUGUUGAGCUCCUCCAAUAUUACCAACACAGCCGUGUACUGCAAAAUUCUAGGAAACUUCAACGAUCGUGAAUGGCUUAACCAAAACCCUCACAAGUAUUUUUCAUUCAUUUUUUUUCCUAUUCCUCUCUUCGAGUCAUUUUUGCCUCUCCCUUCUCCGUCUAUUUUAUUCCCUCUCACUUUUAUACACUAUCUGCUGUAUCUAAAAUAUUUUCUUUCUCAUUCUUUUUCCAACAUUUUCGUCCUGUCUGAUGCGUCGAUAUUUGUCGUGCAUCCCGUUAGGUAAUAUUUGUCGAACAAGUCACAAUACCAAUAUUAGUAAACCUACAUAUACACAAAUUCCUACGUAGACGAAAUUCCAUGAAAAUUUUAUUAAAAUUCAAUACAAUAUUGAUAUUACUAAACGCUAUUACUAAUCGCAGUA